UUGCGGGGCCCCCGGCCGCUCACGGGCGGUUCCUCUCCCGCAGUGACCGUGGUCAGCGGGCUCAUCAUGGCGCUGCUGUUCGUCUCGGAGCUGCAGUUCUACCUGACCAAGGAGGUUCAUCCCGAGUUGUACGUUGACAAGUCCAGGGGAGAUAAACUGAAGAUCAAUCUAGAUGUGAUUUUUCCACACAUGCCCUGUGCUUAUUUGAGCAUCGAUGCCAUGGAUGUGGCAGGAGAGCAGCAGCUGGAUGUGGAGCACAACCUGUUCAAGCAACGUUUGGAUAAAGCUGGCAAUCGUGUGACUCCAGAGGCUGAGAGACAUGAGCUGGGAAAAGAAGAAGAAAAAGUGUUUGAUCCAAACUCCUUGGAUGCUGAUCGCUGUGAGAGCUGCUACGGGGCAGAGUCAGAGGACAUCAGGUGCUGCAACACUUGUGAUGAUGUGAGAGAAGCCUACAGGCGGCGAGGCUGGGCCUUCAAGAACCCAGAUACCAUAGAGCAGUGCAAGAGAGAGGGCUUCAGCCAGAAAAUGCAGGAGCAGAAGAACGAGGGCUGCCAAGUCUAUGGUUUCCUAGAGGUCAACAAGUUUUAG